AUGUUGCUGAAGCCUCUUUUGAAACCCGAACCUUACCGCAGCGACUGUAAAAGGUUCAGUACACCGUCAGCUCUAACGCAAGAAUUUCUUGACGCCACCAACGAGCGUGAGCGACGAGCACUGAAUAUAACGUUGGAUACGGCUGUCCACUUUGCCGAUCUCAACGGAGACGGGAGGUCUGAGUACCUCUGGGUUGACAACAAGGGCGCUGUGACAGAAGUUCUCAACCUGGGCAGACCCUCCGGUGGCGCCAACGCAGCUAAGAUCCAGUGGUCAGCUCAGGGCACCAUUGCGUGA